CUCGAGCCAGUUCGUACGUUAAUAUCGUACACCCCCACUGUACGUUUAAGGGAUAAUCAAUACGUAUAUAUAAAGCACCGAUAUUUGAAUAUUUAACGCGAAGAUACGCCUUCCAGGAAAAAUGUCAAAUUCGCAAAACUCCGACGCGAAACACGUGAGAUUUAUCGAACCUAGCAAUGAUAAUACACCUAUAGAGCAAGAAUCUGGAAGGUUUCCUCCUACACUCUCAGUUUCCACUACGACGUCUACUAAUACUGAACAAAAACAUAAGAAAAAAACUCGUGAAGUUCAGUCGCGUUAUAUGCAAUCCGUUUCAAAUAACUCUAAUGAUAAGACUGCAGUGCCAAAUAAGAAUCAGGACGGUAAAAAGACUGCUGCAUCUGAUGCAUUCGUAGGAGGUAAAAGAUUCAACAUCAAACCCAUCAAAGUUGUACAGAAACAAUUGGGCAUGUCUCGAUUAACUGUUCAGAAGCAUAAGGCUGAAUCGUUAAAAUUUGCACCUACUCAAACGAAUUUGAGCAAAAAUCACGAAGCAGUAAGUCAGAAGGCCUUACAAGAUACCUAUAUUCCAGCUGAAAAUCACAAUUUAGAUGAUGAAAUUGUAAUGCUUAAUGCGCGUUUGACGCAAUGGUGUUUCAUAAAUGCUAAAGCAGAACGCGCGUUUGAGUGUCAAAAACGAACUGCAGAGGCACAAUUAUUGGAUGCAUGGGAAUUGCUUGUCGAGAAACAAGAAGAAUUGUCAAAGACAAGUAGGAAAUUUACAUUAGAAAAAGAAAUCAUAUUUUUAAAUACGACUUUAAAACUCCAGCAAAACAUAUUAUUACAAAUCAACGAACAUUUUGAGAUUUUUAAGAAACAUUAUAUUUCAUUCGCAUCGUCUUUAGCAAGUACUACGACGACAAUGCCAAUUGCCAAUAUAAUAACUGGAGAAUUAGGUCAAUUGAAGGAUGAAAUUAUCACGUGUUCAUUAGUAGCCGAAGACGUUUUACGUAAAUGGGACAUGGAGUCACCACUGAUACAUGAUGUCGCUUUCUCCAUGUACGUAUUAUGUACGAACAUCAAAGAAGGUAUCCAAGAGUUAAAUGAGUGCAAUGCUCUUCUUCGGGAAAUUUCUGAAGCUGAAACUAUUGAAGCUAGCUUGAGAAUUCAAAAAGUCGAAACUAUUUAAUGAUAACUAAUUAUGCCAUAUAGCAAUCCUUCUUGUUUUGGCUAAUUUAAAUUUUCCCUUUUAAAUUGUAAAUCAAACAUUAUGUCUUACUAUUGUACGUCUUGUAACAGAUAGUAUAAUAAUAAAGUAACCCAGAUGUUACUUUUAUAAUUAUACUAAUUUAAGCUUAUUAAUUUUAUUGUGCCAUUUGUUUGGAAAAAUGAAAUUAAAAUUCAACACACACUUCCCGGUCAAAAGUAUUCGA